AUGGCAUCACAAGACCACCAGGACGGACCUACAGAACGGACCCGUCUGCUCCGUCGUGUCGCAAACGACCGCCGACUAAGCAUUUUGCAACAAGAUAUUGAGGCAAAUUCCAUCAUAACUUCUGCAAUCACGAAAGAUGAGCAGGCAAUUGCCGGAAAGACUGUUGGCGAAAGGUUGCCCUAUAACGAUUAUACCACUAUAGACUGGCUCCAUGACCUGGUUAAAGAUUCGUACCGCUCCCGCUUCAUCCAUUCUCGUAAAAGCAUCCGCUACCGACUCGUCUCACUAUUCGAAGACGCCUCCGGAUGGAUAGCAGUUGCUAUUAUCGGCACGCUCACAGCAUGCGUGGCAUUCGUGGUCGACGUCGGUGUAGCCACAGUCUCAGACUGGAAGCUCGGAUAUUGUACGAAGAACCCGUUUCUAAGUAGGGAAGGAUGCUGCAAAGACGAGACGCCGUUGCUCGGCAUCACAUCCGAACUUGCGGAUAAGUGCGACGGUUUCCAGCUCUGGUCGAACAGUUACUACGCCGCGUUCGCCAUAUACGUCGCUUGGGGGCUUGUAUUCGGCAUAAUCAGCUCGAGCGCCACAAUGCUCACCAAGCGCUCGCUACCCGUAGCAUCGCCAGGCCUUGGAGACAGCCACAAGACCAAGGUUGCGAACGGCGCCGGUCUUGAAGCGCCAUCUCAGCCAGUAGCAUCAGGGAAGUCGAUGUACAUGGCUGCCGGGUCUGGUAUACCCGAAAUCAAGACCAUUCUCUCGGGCUUCGUGAUACCGAAUUUUCUCAGUCUGAAAGUGUUGAUCGUAAAAGCAUUCGGUGCAAUCUUUGCUGUAGCAACAGGCAUGUGCUUGGGCAAGGAAGGGCCGUUUGUGCACAUCUCAGGCUGCGUCAGCUAUAUUGUAGCGAUGUGGUUUCCCAAAUACCGAGAGAACGGGCGAAAGAUGAGGGAGCUUCUCUCCGCAGGCGUUGCCUCUGGCCUGUCUGUAGCUUUUGGUGCACCGAUUGGAGGUGUCCUUUUCAGUUAUGAGGAGAUAAGUACCUACUUCCCCCGCAAAGUUCUCUGGCGCGCCUUUCUCUGCUCCCUCUUCGCCGCCAUGGUCCUCAAAGCUCUGAACCCGACUGGAACCGGCAAACUCGUUCUCUUCGAAACCAACUACGGCACAGCCUACAACGCGACGCACUACCUGGUCUUCGUGCUCCUCGGCGUUGCCGGUGGCGUCUUCGGUGGCGUCUUCUGCAACGCCAACUUCCUCUGGUCGAAAUGGUUCCGCUCGUACCCCAUCAUCAAGAACCAUCCUGUUUUCGAGGUCUUCCUAGUCGUGCUCGCAACAACGCUGCUGCAAUACCCCAACCCCCUAACACGUGAACCAGGCGACAUAAUUAUCAAGAACCUGCUCGUCGACUGCACCAGCGACAUCUCCGCCAACUCCUGGGUCUGCCGCAACGAAGCCUCGACGGAUCAAAACUGGACCUACAUCGGCUACCUCAUCUACGGCACGCUCACCAAGCUGAUCCUGACAACCAUCACUUUCGGCAUUAAAGUCCCCUCCGGCGUCAUCAUCCCCGCCCUCGACGCCGGCGCCCUUUUCGGCCGGCUCCUAGGCCAGUGGAUCACGACCAUCAGCCCGGGUAUUUUCGCCAUGGUCGGCGCGGCCGCUUUUCUGGCCGGCGUGUCGCGCAUGACGAUCAGCCUGUGCGUCAUCAUGUUCGAGCUGACCGGCGAGCUGGAGUACAUCGUUCCGCACAUGAUCGCGAUCCUGGUCGCUAAAUGGGUUGCUGACGCGCUGGGGAAGGAGAGCGUGUACGACCUCGCGCAGAAUGUGCUCGGGCAUCCGUUCCUGGAUGGCGAACAUAGUCUGCAGCUUGUACAGCAGGCGAAUGCCUUGGUUGAGGAGCUGAUCCCGCCGGCGGAGACGAUGAGGGAGAUCACGGUGGUCGUGCCGAGUGGCAAUAAGGUGCGCAGAAGGCUGCUGCAGGAGAAGCUGGAUCAGUUGCAUAGGAGGGGACUGAUGGAUUCGGGGCUGGUUCUUACGCAGAAUGGCAUGUUGCAGGGCUACAUCGCGGAGGGGGAGCUGGAGUUUGGUCUCUCGUCCGUGGGCGCGGUGUACGAGAACGAUGCGGAGGUGAGGUUGUUGGGAGAUAAGGUCGAGGAAGGCGAGUUUGACUUGGGUAUGUUUGUGGAUAGGACGCCGGUCAGUAUCUGCGCCAAGGCGCCGAUGGAGUAUGCGGUGGAGAUGUUUGGGAAGCUGGGGCUGAGGCAUCUCAUGGUGCUGGAAGAGGGAACGGGAAGAUUGGUGGGAGUGAUUAUCAAGAAGAGGCUUGUCGCGUACCUGGAAGGCUUGAAGCGUUGA